AUGAGCUCCAUGGCCCACGAAAACGCAGCUUUAGUAGCUAAACGAGAAAUACCCAAGAUCAAUGGAUCAGCGACUGUCCUUGUGGUUGUUCUGGUCUUGAUCAUCCUUGUUGCAUGUUCAGCAAUCGCUUACAUCCUAAGAGCGGAUAUGGCGGAGGAUGAAGAAGCGUUGACGCAGAGUAGUCGGGGCCGUUACCGGAUAUCGCGGGAAGGACAAUCAUACCCUAAACGUUCAAGAAACUGGCUCUCAGACAUUCUUCACCUUCCAAGGUCUCGUCAACGAAGCCCAAAAAUGCGAUCUGACAAACCCAGAAUCGUCGUCGGGCACGCUGGGCAGGGCUGGAUACCCGCAGGAAGUGGCAAUGACUUUGAUUUCGAUUCCAGCGAUAAUCUGCCCUCUCAAAAGCGCAAUCAGUCCACGCCUACAAAAACGCGGCUGGCUGAUCAGGACACGUCGUCAUUGGCGACGCCGCGGUCUUCUAUUGCAGGCUCCCAACAACAUGUAUCUCGAAUGUACAGUUCGACGUCUGAUGCUACAUCGAGUGUGCGCUUUGACCCCCACAGUCUGCGUGGUCUUUCUUAUGCAGACACUUCACUCUCGGCUCAGGGGAUCAUCCCCAGUAUUCAAUCACAACUUUAUUCUCCGCCAUCUUCUCCAUCACUAUCACCUAUCCCGCAUGAUCCCAGUCAAACUCCGUUGACCACUUUAGAAUCACUAAAACACUCCAGAUCCCUCGAUUCUCUUGAUGGGCCCAGUCAGCUUCUUGCUUCCACUCGUCCGUCGGUCCGAACCUUCGAAGGAGGGACAAAAUUUAUUGAAGCCCUGUAA